AUGUCAGCACCUAUCGAUCGCCAAGAGAUUGACCGCGUUCUGCAGUUGAAGCGCACUCAGCGCGAGGCUCGAGCAUGCUACCCGUGUCGCCAACGCAAGGUUAAAUGUGACAACUCCCAGCCAUGCCGAACCUGUCGCCGACGCGGCCAUCCCGAGAUUUGUGUAUAUGAUCCGAGCCCACCAAAACAUGGCGGUGCUCGGAGGGCAAGUCGACGAACUUCAGCUACUGCCUCUCGCGACCCCAACCCACUCCCCGCAUCACAGGAUGCAUCGAAUCUGGGGUACCCGUUGCAGCCACUGGCACAGCCACCGGCUCCCAGCCAGACAGUUCUGCCCCCCUUCUCACACCUGCAACAGAUUGACUCAUCUCGGAACUUUCCGCCUGAUGGCCCUGAAAGUGAAUUUGUGUACUCUGGUGAUAAUUCGGUGGUCUCCAUCCUGCGUAAUCGUACACAUGACGCAAACGGCUCGAUGGCUCGUGAAGUGGGCUCUGUCCUCGGCCUCCAAAAUACCUACCAUAGUUAUCCGUUCAUGGAGUUCAGAACCCCCAGUGAUCGAUGGAAUGAACUGCUUCGUAUCCUCCCCCAGCGCGCCGAGGUCCUGAAGUUCUUUCACUUCUAUCGCAUAUCGGCGUAUCCAUUCAACCCUAUCCUUGUAGAUAUUGAGCGGUUCGAGUUGGAUCUCUGUUCAUAUCUGAAUUCGCUGGCCAGUGGAGAACUACAAGAUCCCUCUCGCAUUUCUGACCGCUGGGCUAGCGAGAAGUCGGUUGCCCAUAUCAGCUUGCUCCUUGCUACUCUAGCCGCUGGAGCACACUACUCAGACCUAGAGCAUAUACAGCGCUCGGAACUGUGUCUCGAUUUUGCAAGGCGCUCCUUCCAAGCUCUACGCUUAGCGAAUUUUCUCUUCCGACCCACGUUCGACAUUAUCCAGUCUCUGCUCAUCCUCGGAAAUACACUGCAAAAUACUGGUCAGUCAGAUUCAGCUUGGGCGUUACUUGGUAGCACAGUGCGUCUGGCUCAGACCAUUGGACUUCACACCGAAAAGAGCGUCGCCCAUCUGCCAGACCACGUCAAGUCCAAAGCGAGAAGAUUAUGGUUCACAGUUGUGUGGCAGGACAGCCUCUUAUGCCUUUGCUACGAUCGGCCUCCAAUAGUCACUGUCACCGGCUGGUCCCUCGACGACUCUGCUUUCUCGGGACGGGAAUUGAACUACAUGGACAUGAUGCAUUUUCUUUGUCGGAUCGCCUUGGACAUACUUACAGCUAGUGAGAUGGAGAUGCAACAGCCUUCUCGGUUACUGGACAUAUUAGCCACGGUGGACAGCGUUUGCCAACGAGCGCAACCUCACCUAAAGAGCCUGCAAGAUUGCAGAACUCUGCAACACAACCUGGAGCACUUGGCGUUGAAGAUGCACAUUGCUUUCGCAGUUUCAGUAGUCACUCGACCGGCACUAAAGCGAUCUGGAGUCCGGGAUUCGGCCCAGGACAUGCUGCGGAUGCGCGCCAAGUGCAGUCUGAUCGACGCGUCCAACACUUUCCUCGAGUUUCAGGCUCUCAGCGUGGUGCCCCUGCGGACGUGGUCCAUGGUGCACACAGUAAUCAGCUCGACUCUACUGCUCUGCAUUUGGGAGGAGACGCGCAACGAUGCUGAGUGUCGUGACUUGCAGCAGAAGGUGAUUGAGGUCUUUUCUGCCGCCGGUUCUGUGGGCUCGGUGGAGAGAUCGGGCUCGGAGAACGGGCAAUGGCUGUCGGAGAGACACAUUCGGGCGCUGAUUACCUUGCGAAACGCGGUGCGAACGGAACUGGAGCGGGAGAAGGAAGAGGGCGACGUCGGGCCACCGAAUAAUCCGGAGCAGGCCGAGACCUUUAUGCCUGCAUUCGGGAUCCCCAACGGCUUUCCAGAUGUCUUGGGGCAGGACUUUUCGCCCAUGUCCUAUCUCGAUUCGAUUAUGAAUGUCCCUAUGUUCGACCUCUCCCAAGAGAUUGAUUUCUCUUGA